AUGAUGAACCACGCUCGAGUCAAGGCCCUCAAGAGUGACGGGAAAACCGUCUCCAAAAAGGCCAUCAAGUCAGGCCGCGCUUCGGCCAACCUAACUCCCCAUGGCUCCCCUUUCGCUUCGCUUCUUACGUCACCGGCGCAUUCCGCAGCUCCCAGUAGGGCAGCCUCUGACGAGAGCGAGGAUGAGUUCGAGUACGAUGAUACCAUGAGCAUUGCAUCCGCAAGCUCUCUAGUCGACACGAACGACGAUGGUACCAACACUUUCGACGCCAAAAAGUUUAUGGAGGAACUCCAGGAUCGCAAGCACAACAACAGCGAUACCCGAACACAACUAUUAGAACUAUACAUCAAGGUUCUACGACAUCGCUUUGCGCCGGCUACUCAUGAGUGGCUUGACGAGUCUGCCAACGAACUUGCUGAGCUCUUCGUUCGUGGCGCCAAUCGUGGCAUGGAAGCUAGAGAGCGACUGCUAUACCUCCAAGCGUAUCUACUGACCCUUAGUUCUUCUGAGGAAGUCGACGUUUAUGAGCAUGGCGAAGGAACUCUCAAGCAGAUCAUAGCCGAUGACGAUGACGAAGAGUGCAAGGCAUUUGGCAUCUAUGCGCUGUGCUUUACCGUCCUCUAUGGCGGCGGUGGCGAGACAGAGGCUCUCGAGUUGCUUGACUACUUGUACGCCAUUAUCGAGUCUGAUGGCGAUAACAUCGACUCAUUUGAUAAUGGAUUCAUUGUUGCAGCUGCCCUGAGAGGUUGGGCUUUUGUUGCCAGCCAUGUAGAUGACUUCUCUUAUGCGGCUACCAUGGCCUUGGACGGAUUCUACGAACAGCUUGACAGCGUUGACGUUGGAGUUCAGACCAACGCUUCUGCCUGCAUUGCAUUGAUCUUUGAGUCAGCGCGAACCCACGAGGAGGAGACUGGAGAGUCAUGGGAUCUCCCUGUCAACCCAGAGAAGCUUACAGGCCGCAUGUCAGAGCUUGCCAAACAGAGUUCCAAAUCUGUAUCCAAAAAGGAUCGUCGCGACCUUCGAGACAGUCUGAUCAGCGCCAUUACGUCCCUGGAAAAGGGCGUAGGCCCUGGAUACUCCUCCGCUGGGUACACUCCCCAAAAGGGCGAACGUCUUGCCUCCAAGCCUAAUGAGGAUGGUGUCGUUGAGUUUGGGUACCGUCACAAGCUUCGCCUCGGCAAUUAUGUGGCCGUUAUCGAUUCGUGGUCACUCUCUUCCCGAAUCGACAUGAUGAGACUUCUUUUCGGAGGUCACUUACAAAAACACAUUUUCGAAAAUCCUGUCGUGGCCGAGUGUCUCAGCGAUGCCGACUUUACCGAGCAGGGUUCUAGGAAAUAA